AUGGCAGGAAAAAUGGUGCUGUACAAGUUGGUGGUCCUGGGCGACGGCGGCGUGGGGAAGACCGCUUUGACAAUCCAGCUCUGCCUGCAACACUUCGUGGAAACAUACGACCCCACGAUCGAAGAUUCGUACCGCAAGCAAGUUGUCAUUGAUGGGCAAGCAUGCAUGUUGGAAGUUCUCGAUACUGCCGGCCAAGAAGAGUACACAGCCCUUCGAGAUCAAUGGAUCCGAGAUGGAGAAGGAUUCGUUCUCGUCUAUAGCAUCUCAUCACGAUCUUCGUUUUCACGGAUCAAGCGGUUUCAUCAUCAGAUCCAGCGAGUCAAGGAGUCAUGUGCAUCCUCACCGUCAUACCCGGGCUCGCCAAUCUCUGCAGCCAGCCCACAAGCGCCUGUACCAAUUAUGCUGGUCGGCAAUAAGAGCGACAGAGUCACCGAGAGAGAAGUUUCGACACAAGAAGGACAUGCCCUGGCCCGCGAGCUGGGCUGCGAAUUCGUCGAGGCCUCGGCCAAGAACUGCAUAAACGUCGAGAAGGCCUUCUAUGACGUUGUCAGAAUAUUGAGGAGGCAGCGACAGGCCGCCUCGAGGCCGCAGCCCGGCGGACGAAGCAGCACUCGGCCUAUCAAUGGCGAUGCCGGAGCGAGAUACGACGACAAGGAGGGUGGCGACCGCUAUCGUCGCAAAGUGGGCAGAAGGGAAGGGAAGAGUAAAUGUGUCGUCUUGUGA